AUGUACAAAAAUGACUUUCAUGUUUGGAGUGCCCAAAUUCUUCCUACUGAUAGACUGCAUUUAAAGGAAAUACACUCAUUUCUCAAGCUGCUCGAACUUAAUUGUAUAGUUUUCUUAACAUGUUUUUCCCCUCAUGGUGUUUGGUACGUAUUUCCAGAGGAGAUGUUUGGAUCAAGACAAAAACAGAAAAUGCAGAUAGCUGGAACAGACCAAGAUGAAUUUGUAGACCCGUCUGAUCUGGCUGAUCCGGACAGUCGUUUUUGUGAAUUCAAUGGAGUACAGAUACACCACAAGAUACGUGAUGGAGGUCAACCAAACGUGUCACUAGAAAGGAUCGGCUCACUGUCUCAUUCCCAUCAAAGUAAAAGAAUCACAAACUUUCCAAUGGUUCUGUUACACGGCUUUGGAGCCUCGGUUUUUUCGUGGGAACGGGCCAUGAAACCACUUGCCAAGAUCAGUGGCUCCAAAGUGCUUGCCUUUGAUAGACCGGCGUUUGGAUUGACCUCAAGACCGAUUCCGGUUGAUAACAGAGCUUUGAAUCCCUACUCUAUGAUGUUUUCUGUACUUGCAACACAUUACUUCAUUCACUGCUUGGCAGCUGAUAAGGCAGUUCUAGUGGGACACUCGGCGGGUGGCGGUGUAGCACUCGAGGCAUAUUUUGAAGCACCCGAACGUGUAGCCGCUCUUAUUCUUGUUGACCCUGCAAUUGUUGCACCAUUUACCUCACAGAAAGACAACCGAAGUGCAGAAAAUAGUCAUAUAAAUAACAGGAACUCAGAGUCGUCCUUGUCAAGCAAAAAAUGGAAUGUAUUUGGAAAGCUUUUGAGCAUUUUAACAAACUUUGCCAAACUUGUUGCACAAGUAAUAACCGGCAUUGUCAAAGGAAUGGGACAAAUGCUCAACUCUCUAUGUAUGAAAGUUUUAGCUGCAUUCCUGCGCUCUUCCAUCACUCUUUGCCUGGUGAGAGUGGUAAUCAGUAUGUUUGGUAGAGCUGUACUUCGAUAUGCAUGGUAUGAUCCAACGCAAGUAACAGAGUACGUCUUAGAAGGUUACACAAAGCCUCUGAGGGUGAAAGGAUGGGAUCGGGCGCUUGUUGAAUAUGUAAUAGCAAUGCUUACAGAUUCAAAAUUGGGAUCAAAGCCGCCACUUUCACAAAGACUGAGUGAAAUCAAAUGUCCAGUUUUGAUCGUCACGGGAGACAAAGACCGAUUCGUCCCUGCUUGGAACUCAGAAAGACUGUCCCAAGCUAUCCCUGGGUCUUGCUAUGAAGUGAUCAAAAACUCUGGUCACUUGCCUCAUGAGGAGAGGGUGGAAGAAUUUGUCUCCGUUGUGGACAGGUUUUUUCAAAAGGUGUUUGGUGAGGUAGAAGAACCACUCCUGCAAGUCGUUAGUUAGUUAGUUAGUUACACAAAUACUUCGUUCAAGUGGUUGGUCCCGAGAGGGACCCUAGGGAUGAGAUUCAUCCCUGGAAAAUAUUUCGUGCACAGCAACGACAAUCAAUUCUUAGUCUUUGAUUGGGGGUUGAGCUACUGCACACUAUUUCUAAUGUUCAAAUGCAAAUACAUUAUUCUAAAUUGCUCCCUGCCUUGUACCACUCAAGUCAUUUCCAAAAAAGAUUAAACUCAUCCUAUGGUA